AUGGAUCCUGCAGCAGAGAAAUCCUCCAUUGCUCAAGAGGUCGAGGCCGUCGACCACGAAAUCGGAGCACGCAAAGUGGGUGUUGCUACUCCUGCGGCCGACGACUUGGAUGUUGGAGCCAGUAUCGUGCAGGCUCAAGAAGAUACCCAGUAUACCGAGGAAGAAAAAUCCGCGGUCUUGAGGAAGAUCGACUGGCGCAUCAUUCCACUGGCAGCCUGGGCUUGUGGUCUUCAGUUUGUGGAUAAGUCUGGACUGGGAGCAGCAGCAACAUAUGGUCUGCGUGAAGAUCUCAACCUCAAGGGCCAAGAGUAUUCAUGGUGUGUUUCGAUCUUCUACUUUGGCUACCUGGCUGGCUCCUUCAUCUCCGGACGCGGCCUCCAGUACUUCCAUGCGGGAAAAUUCAUCGGCUGUGCAUAUUUUAUCUGGGGCGGCACCCUGUUGGGGUGUGUUGGGGCGCAGAACUAUGCAACGCUGCUAGGCCUCCGCUUUCUCCUAGGGUACAAUGCAAUCUCCCCAUGUCCUUUCUAUAGCCGGAAGCCUGCUGAAAUCAUCAAUUAUGCUAGAGUCCUUGAGUCGUCCUUGGUUCCUGGUCUGCUUCUCAUCACAACGAUGUGGUAUCGGCAACAAGAACAGUCCCUGCGAUUUGGCUUGUGGACGGUGACCAACGGCAUCCUUCCAGUUCCUUUUCUUGUCAUCUACUGGGGUAGGGCUUUUGAUUGGAAUUUUGGUGCUAAAUCGGUUCAGCGGCUGAUGGAAACCCCUUCUCUAGGUCUUGGACAUGUUGAUUCGGGCCCUGUGGUGAGCUGGCGGCUAAUUUUUCUGCUCUUGGGCUUGCUGAGUUGCAUCACCGGCAUUCUACUGUUUUUUUUCAUGCCAGACUCGCCCGUGUCGGUCAAAUGGUUGACCGAGAGAGAAAAGGCCAUCGCUAUCAAGCGCCUAGUGGAUGAUCAACUUGGUGUCAAAAACACCCAUUUCAAAUGGGAGCAAUUGAAGGAGACUCUGCUCGACUACCGCUUCUGGAUGAUGGUCCUGCAAAUGUUCUUUUCGCAGGCCGCGGGAAAUGUCACCACGAACUUUCUGGGAAUCAUCAUCAAGGUAACCAAGAAAGCCUCCCAGAUAAGGAAUGGAGCAUCUCGGCUGACGUAUGGCCCUUCUCCCUCGAUUCAGGGAUUUGGAUACACUGCAUUGAAAGCCCAGCUAUAUACGGCGCCGAACUUCGCGGUCCAGGCUGUAACCCAAAUGAUUGUCUCUACUCCUCCGACGCUGUUGCCCCGAUUCCGCAAUUUUAAGCAACCUUUGGUCGCCAUCGCCAGCGUCAUCGCCUUGAUUGGCAUGGUCAUCCUCUAUGUCACGCCGGCGGAGACACAGUACCAAGGGCGACGACUGGCCUCGGUGAUCAUCAUCUCUUGCUCCGGAGCGAACUACACCGUCGUCAUGGCCGUCAUUGGCACAAACACUGCGGGGUUCACCAGGAAGCAGAUCUCGACCUCGACAGCCUUCUUCCUCUAUUGCGUGGUCAACAUUAUAACCCCCCAGACCUUCCUCGGUUCGGAGAGUCCUCGAUAUCACACGGGUCUUGCAUUCAUUCUAAGCUUCCUUUCUAUCUAUAUUGCCUUGUCCUUCUCCACCUGGCUCAUGAUGAGACUUGUCAACCGCGCCCGUGACAAGAAGGCUCUGACGAACCCGGCCUACACAACUGGUGAAGCGAACCUGGAUGAGAUGUCCGGUCUCAGAGACGAAACGGAUUUGAGGAACAAGCAUUUCCGUUACUCUGGCUGA